AUACCUGAAAUAAAAUGUAUGUCAAAUCUGUUCACUUUUAUGUCAAAUCUGUAGCCUCUCCUUUAACCCGAAUAACAUCUCCAACUUGAAAACCAAUCGUCAGUUUGCACAGUCGAAAUAAUUAGGCAGAAAAUGGUUCAACGUCUAAUGAGAGUGUAGUGGAGAAGGUACACAUAAUCCUCUUAUAAGACUUCAGGUAUUAGGUAUAAUGCUGAUCCAUUGUGAAGAGCUGUCCUGCGGUGCGUCCUGAUUGACCUAAACCGGGCUUCUGCGCACAGCCUGCAGAGCGCUCUGCCGAUGGUCUCGCCAAGCCAGCUGUGGGGGUAGCACUCUCCAUCCACAACGUCGCAGGUUGUCCACAGACGUCGUGUCAUCCCCGGCUGAAGGAAGGACGCACUGAGGAUGAGAUGAAACAGCCCGUGUCAGGAUACCUUCCACCCCCAGCCUUUUGUGGGGGGCGUCUUUGGGGUGUCUGGCUGAUAUAAUUCCCAUAUGCAAUUUCUUACUCAAUAGCAAAUCGACACUUCCAUCUGUUUGGACCCUCCACCAGGGAACAUGUAUCUGACUCGCAGGAAGAGACUUCACCUGAGCAGGAUUAUAUUUUUUCUCUCUGGAAUUUUGCUGUGUUGCAUAUACCAGCUGACCGUCCGUGCCAGGCUACCAGAGCCUUGGCUGGAGGCUCAGAUUGGAGAUGAUCCCAUGGAUGGGACUGUGGAGGCGGUGGGGCAAACGCCAGAAGAGACUGCUGGAGAAGAUGCCCUUAGCACCGGUACCCAGCCGGUGAACACAACCAAUUCAACCGUGGUGGAGCAUCCUGUGGUAACUUCUGUUGCAUCUUCACCAACUGCAGCAUCAACCACAACAAUGACUACAGCAAAUUCGCUGACCACAACAAACGCAGCAACAACAAUGACAGCAACAACAACCACAACAACAACAACAACAACCACAACAACAAAAACAACAAACGCAACAACAAAGACAACUACAUCUUCGACCAAACUGCCCCCAACAACCACCACAAACAGGACGGUUGUGCACUGCAUUUUCGUGGAUCCCAGCUCCCAGCCCAGCCCUGCUCCUACCCCUGCCGCGACCCCCACAACCCCUGUGCCCAUCACCACCCUCACCACCACCACGGCAGCUGGUGACGAGAUCCCCAUUGCCAAGGCAGAGUACCCACAUGACAUCUUCUCCGUGCAGGACAGACGCAAUGGCUGGGUGGCCCUCCACAUCUUUGGGAUGAUCUACAUGUUUGUAGCCCUGGCCAUCGUGUGUGACGAGUUCUUCGUUCCCACACUGGGCGUGAUCACGGACACGUUGCAGAUUUCUGACGACGUUGCCGGGGCAACCUUCAUGGCCGCCGGCGGUUCCGCCCCGGAACUCUUCACCUCCCUGAUUGGCGUCUUCGUCUCCCAUAGCAACGUGGGCAUCGGCACCAUUGUUGGCUCGGCCGUGUUCAACAUCCUCUUCGUCAUCGGGAUGUGUGCCGUCUUCUCAAGAGAGAUGCUCCACCUCACCUGGUGGCCGCUCUUCCGGGACGUCUCCUUCUACAUCCUGGACCUUAUCAUGCUCAUCGUCUUCUUCCUGGACAACACCAUCAUGCCCUGGGAGAGUUGCAUGCUGAUCGGGGGCUACACCUCUUAUGUGGUGUUCAUGAAGUUCAAUGUGCAGAUCGAGUCGGCCGUCAAGGGCCAGCUCAUGAAGCACAAGAACAUCGUCAUCGCUGUGGAGGAACCGGAGAAGGACACUGGCACUGCUGCUGUUGAAGACAGUCGACCUCAUGAUCCAGAAGACAAGAGUCGAUUGAAGCUGAAGCCGGCGCUCCAGCGAGGAGGAAGCUCUGCUUCACUUCACAACAGCACCAUGAGGAGCACCAUCUUCCAGCUGAUGAUCCACACUCUCGAUCCGCUGGGUGAGGAAACUAUUUUAAAUGGAGAGGUAAAGGCUGGCUGCUCAGUGCAGGGGAAAGUGAAAUUCAAAGACAAGGCUCAGAUUCUGAACAAAAUGGCCAAAGCAAAACUCGAGGCUAAAGCGCAGCAGAAAUCUGACGGUGCCGUGGGGGAGGGUGACCCCUCAAAAGAGCCCAGAGAGGAGAGGAAAGAAGAGGAUAUAGAAGAGGGUAAAGAAGGGGAAGAAGAGGAGGCAGAAAUGGAGGCGGAAGAGGAGAAGGAAGAAGAGGCAGAAGAAGAGGCGGAAGAGGAGAAGAAAGAAGAGGAUAAAGAAGAGGCGAAAGAAGAGUCUGCAGAGAAGGCGGAGGAGAAGCCGGAGGAGCCAGAGGAGCAGAAGGAGGGGCAGGAGAUGGCUGUUGUUGCACAUGGUGGAAAUGGUGGUGAUGAGGAUGAUAGUGAGGAAGACAGCGAUGAUGACAGCGAUGACGAUGAUGAUGAUGAGAGUGACGAUGACGACAAAGAAGAGGCAGGAGAGGAGGAAGAGGAGGAGGAGAAUGAGGAGCCUCUGUCGCUGGAGUGGCCAGAGACACGGCGUAAACAGGCCACAUACCUCCUCCUGCUGCCCAUCAUCUUCCCCCUGUGGCUGACCGUCCCUGACGUCCGCAAUCCAGCUUCUAGGAGGUUCUUUGCCAUCACCUUCAUUGGCUCUAUCACAUGGAUUGCUGUUUUCUCCUACCUAAUGGUCUGGUGGGCUCAUCAGGUGGGUGAGACAAUUGGCAUCUCAGAGGAAAUCAUGGGUUUGACCAUCCUGGCCGCGGGCACCUCCAUCCCUGACCUCAUCACCAGCGUGAUCGUGGCACGCAAAGGCCUGGGGGACAUGGCCGUGUCCAGUUCAGUGGGCAGCAACAUCUUCGACAUCACUGUGGGUCUCCCGGUUCCCUGGCUGAUGUGGUCCAGCAUGCACAACUUUGCCCCGGUGAUGGUGAGCAGUAACGGUCUCUUCUGCGCCAUCGUGCUGCUCUUCCUCAUGCUCCUCUUCGUCAUCAUCUCCAUUGCCUCCUGCAAGUGGAAGAUGAACAAAGCGCUGGGCUUCACCAUGUUCAUGCUCUACUUCGUCUUCCUCGUGCUCAGCGUCAUGCUGGAGGAUCGCAUCAUCGUCUGCCCCGUGUCCAUCUGAAGGGAGGAUCGCAUCAUCAUCUGCCCCGUGUCCAUCUGAAGGGGGAUGGCAUCAUCAUCUGCCCCGUGUCCAUCUGAAGCCUCUCCCUCCUCACACCCCCAGUGGCCCUCGCUGGUUCAGUCCAACUGCAGCCUCUCCCUCCUCACACCCCCAGUGGCCCUCGCUGGUUCAGUCCAACUGCGAUGUCAACUUCACCUUGGCCAUCCAUUUCAGGUCCUCCGCCUCCACCUCUCCAACAAGACGAGCCCUGGACCGGCUGGUGCACUCAGUUCUUACUGUGUGUGUGUGUGUGUGUGUGUGUAUGUGUGUAUGUGUGUGUGUGUGCGCGUGCGUGUGUGUGCGUGCGUGUGUGCCUGUGUGUGUAUGGUGUAUUGCAGAACCGGCAAUCAAGCAUUUUGCAGGUGUUCAUAGGCAAGUGCAAGAGUUCUCUCAAACAUACCUUUAGGAAAGUAAUGUUAAGGAUGUAUAUGACUCCUCUUCCAUUAGAUGUACAUUCCACCACCACCACCACGACCGCUUUCUUUUUCAUUAGCUUGGUACGUGACUUGGCAACAUUAAGUGACGCUCAAUCCAAACUGAUCCCAUGUCAAUGAAGGCAGAGCAUCGUGUGCUGUCUAUCGCCAUCGCUCUCUCUGUUUAUGGCUUCACAUGUGGAGAGGGUGCAGAGGGUGUAAGAGGAUUAAUGGAUUUAGCUAGGUGUCUUUGUGUACAUGUCCCCUCCUAGAGGGGCUCUGUGUCCCGAGCGCUGCCUGAAGACUGGGCCGUGUACCGGAGAGGACUUAACGGCAGAGAGUGAAGCGCUCAGUCCAAUAGUGUUCGUCCUUGUUGUUUGUGACGUGUGUCAGUGUUAUGUGUAUGGUGGAUUCUCUCGUAGAUGUGACUGACUGGAGGACCUGGAAACGUAUGCAGAAUUUUUUUCACUGAAGUCCUGGGGGUAUUGUGUGCUAGCAACUCAACACUCUGUAAAUGAUGUAUUUUAAACUCUACUGCAACCGAAUUAUUUUUGUAAAAUCGACUAUGUGUAUUACUAGUAUGCACAAUAUAAAAGUUCUUUGUGCUUGAUGUAAAA